AUGGUCUGGCAGGAACAGUACUUUACAGAUUACUUUAAAGCAGAACUUUUAAAGAUAAGAAGCAGAGAUGCAUACCAGUACCAGUCAGAGGAAGAUAAGAAGAAUGCUGGUGCAAGCACCAUCAUUGGAACCUACCCAGGACUCGAAAGACGGGAAGGAAAAUGGGACGAGAUCCCAUAUGUGGAAUUGUUCUUUAUGCUAAGAAACAAUGAUGAAUGGAGAAAGGCAUGUGGAAUAAUGGUUGUUAGUGCAAAAUCGAGUGAACAAUGCAAAGGUUGUGUGGGUGAGAAGAAAUGUCUGGGAUGCAUGGCUGCGAAUAAUGUUUUGCAACACCAGAGGAAUGAUGAUGAUUCUGAUCUGUUGAUAGCCCCACCAACUCCGUUAAACCCACCUGCUUUACGAAGCAGGGAAGUAAGGGAUGACAGUGAUGAUGAAAGUCUAGAGGUAGAUAAAGGAUGUGAAUGUAGAAAAGAACGGGAGUGUCCCUUCACCCCUGUUUCACAUCGGACCCGACUGCGGGAUAUGCAGGGUAAAGAGGCGAGGAUUCAAACACCUAGUGCAUUGUUGGCGCCGCUCCGUCAGGGAGUAGGAGCAGAGGGACCUGUGUAUGUUAAAGUUCCUUUUUCUCCGGGAGAUUUGGUGCUUUGGAAACAAUCUGCAGGGGCUUAUCGAGAAAAUCCAAGUAAAGUGGCUAGAGUGGUAAAAAUGAUCCUGAAAACCCAAAAUCCUGACUGGGAUGAUAUACAAGUAUUACUAGACACCCUGAUGGAUUCCACAGAGAAGGAGAUGGUGUUAAGGACAGCGCGAGAACGAGUUAGGGAGGAUAUUAGACAGGGUAUCGUCACCGGGACGGUAGAUCAGAAUUUCCCUAUGGAAGAUCCUAUGUGGGAUUAUAAUACUGCGGUAGGGAUGAGACAACUGAAGAGAUACCACGAUUGGAUAGUGGUUGGGGUGCAGAAUGCUAUGCCAAAAACAAUAAAUUGGUCAAAAUUAUAUAAUGUUAGACAGGAAAAGACAGAAUCUCCAUCUGUGUUUUUGGAGCGACUUAAAGAAGUGGCCAGGAAAUAUAUGGACCUUGAUGUGGAAACGGAACAGGCUAAGGCUCAGUUGGCCCUAAUUUUCUUAGGACAGUCUCAGGAUGAUAUCAGGAAGAAGUUGCAAAAACUAGAAGGUGCUGAAUUGCGUGACUUGGAUAGGUUGCUGGAAACAGCUUGGAAAGUGUAUAAUAAUCGGGAAAGAGACGGUACUCAGAGGCAGCAGCGGCAUCUAUUGGCUAUGAUGCAAAGCAGAGGACAAGGCACCCCUGAAUCGGAAAAGGGUGAACCACUAGUGAAAAUAAGGCUGGGAGAAGAGGAGGUACAAUUUUUGAUCGACACUGGUGCAACUUAUUCUGUGUUAAAUGAUUUGUAUGGGAAGAUAGGGGAUAAGACUACCACCGUAGUAGGGGCCACAGGGAGAGAGGAGGUGCGGCCGUUCAUGCGACCCCUGGAAUUACGGUUUGGGGGAAAGGAAUUGAUGCAUGAGUUUCUAUACAUGCCAGACUGUCCUGUUUCCCUGUUAGGACGAGAUCUAUUAUCCAAAUUAAAUGCUAAGAUUGUUUUUGAAAAUGGGGAAUUGAUCAUGCAGGUACCGGAAUCACAAUCCGGGCAAAUAUUAGUGUUAAAGGACAAUCUAAGGGCUCGAAUACCUAGGGAAGUAGAGGAAGCAGUGAUUCCCACAGUUUGGGAAACGGAAAUUCCGGGAAAAUCGAAAAUGGCUCAACCAGUAGUAGUGGAAUUGAAAGAAGGGGCGAGACCAGUACGGAUAAAACAAUAUCCCAUAAAAUUGGAGGCCCGAUAUGGGAUAGUUAAAACGAUUGAAAAAUUUUUGAAAUUUGGAAUUUUAGAAGAAUGUGAAUCAGAGUACAAUACACCAAUUUUUCCAGUAAAGAAACAGAAUGGUGAAUACAGGUUAGUACAGGAUCUGAGAGCAAUAAAUGAAAUAACAAAAGAUAUCUAUCCGGUAGUGGCUAAUCCAUAUACAUUGUUGACAUCUGUAAAGGAGAAAUAUAAAUGGUUCACAGUAAUUGAUUUGAAAGAUGCUUUCUUCUGCAUUCCCCUUGACAAAAGCAGUAGGAAACUCUUUGCUUUCGAAUGGGAAAACCCACACAAUGGACGUAAGACCCAGUUAACCUGGACGAGACUUCCACAAGGAUUCAAGAAUAGCCCGACACUUUUUGGAAACCAGCUGGCAAAAGAAUUGGAACUCUGGGUAACUCAAAAGAAAAUUCAGGUACCAACGACACAAUAUCUCUUAUUGCAAUAUGUAGAUGAUAUAUUUAUUGCAACUGAACAAGAAUCACUGUGCAUACGAGUCACAAUAGAGAUCCUGAAUCAAUUAGGGUUAAAUGGGUACAAAGUUUCGAAGGAAAAGGCCCAGAUUGCCUGUACUACUGUAAUGUAUUUGGGUUGUGAAAUUUCCCAGGGACAACGGAAGUUGGGAAUUGAUCAUGUGAAGGCGAUUUGUGCUAUUCCAGAGCCUCGGAAUUUACACGAGCUGAGAACAUUCCUUGGAAUGGCAGGUUGGUGCAGGUUAUGGAUAUCAGACUACGGACUGAUAGCUAAACCUUUAUAUGAAGCACAGAAAUCCCAAACUUUCAUUUGGGAAGGGCCUCAAAGGGAAGCUUUUAAAAAGCUAAAAGAAGCGUUAAUAAAGGCACCCGCCCUGGGACUACCAGAUUUAACCAAGGACUUUCAGCUGUUUGUGCAUGAGAGACAGAGGCUGGCAUUGGGAGUCCUGACGCAGAGACUGGGAAGCUGGAAGCGACCAGUGGGAUACUUCUCCAAACAGCUGGAUCCGGUAAGUGCUGGAUGGCCAUCGUGCCUACGAGCAGUUGCAGCAACAGUGACAUUAAUACAAGAAGCAAGAAAAUUGACUUUAGGAAAACAUAUUGAUGUGUAUGUGCCACACAUGGUAAUGACUGUUUUAGAACAAAAAGGGGGAUACUGGCUAUCCCCAAGUCGGAUGAUGAAAUACCAGGCGGUAUUAACUGAACAGGAUGAUGUGACCCUAAAGACUACUAACUUGUUGAACCCAGCAGCUUUUCUAGGUACAAACACAGAGGACGGUAUACUAGAGCAUGACUGUGUGGAGACGAUUGAAUACACACAUGCGACGAGGGCCGAUUUGAAGGAUGCCCCACUUGAACAACCUGAUCAGGAACUUUUUACUGACGGGAGCAGUUUUGUGGAAAGUGGAGUCCGAUAUGCCGGAUAUGCAGUAACCACACAAAACACCUUAAUAGAAGCAAAAGCUCUGUCCCCAGGGACCUCAGCACAACGAGCAGAGAUAAUAGCUCUAACCAGGGCUUUAGAACUGAGCAAAGGAAAACGGGUAAAUAUAUGGACAGAUUCGAAAUAUGCAUUCGAACAAGUGGCUAUCAUGCACUGUAAAGCACAUCAAGGAGAAAAUUCUAAGGUAGCCGAAGGAAAUACAUUUGCUGAUCGAAUGGCUAGACGAAUUGCACGACAGGUACAAACUGCCAUGGCUCUGGUACCAACAAAGGUAAGCCCAUUACAGAAUUAUAUGAACCAAAAACCAAGAUAUUCAGAAGAAGAUAUUAAAUUGGCUGAAUUAGUAAAAGCUCAAUUGAACUCGGAAGGAUGGUACAUAACCACUACCGGACAAGUGGUGGUACCACCUGCCAUAAUGCGGACAAUUUUACAAACCGAACAUCAAAAAUGUCAUUGGGGAGCAGAGGCAUUGGUAACAUAUUUAAAACGAGGAAUGAUCUCCACACAGAUGCUAACAAUGGCAAAAUCCAUAGGAUCCAAAUGUGAAAUUUGCUUGAGAAACAAUCCAGCAGUCAAAAGGAGAGUAGAAAUGGGACAUAUCAGAGUAGGUAUAGAACCGGGGGACUAUUGGCAGAUUGAUUUUGUGGAAUUACCUAAGACACAGGGAUAUCGAUACUUGUUAGUAGGGGUUGACACUUUUUCUGGAUGGCCAGAAGCCUCUCCCUGUCGCACCAAUCAGGCUAAGGAAACAGUGAAAUGGUUGUUGAAAGAGAUUAUCCCUAGAUUCGGAGUCCCGUUGGGUAUAUCAUCAGAUAGAGGACCACAUUUUACAGCUACCAUAGUUCAGGAAGUUAGUAAAUUGUUAGGAAUAUCUUGGAAUCUUCAUACCCCAUGGAGGCCACAGUCCAGUGGACAGGUGGAAAAGAUGAAUCAAACAAUUAAAAGACAGAUAAGCAAAAUAUGCCAGGAGGCCAAAAUAAAGUGGCCACAGGCAUUACCAAUAGCCCUUUUGAGGAUCAGGAUUAAGCCAAGGAGUGGGAUGACAGUAAGCCCAUAUGAGAUCCUAUUUGGAAAGCCAUAUGAGGCUCCCCAACCAAACCCACAGGUACAUAUCAAAGGAGGGCAAGAUGUACAUAAUUACGUGUUAUCUCUCAGUAGAACUUUGAUCCGGUUGCGUAGUGCCCUGAUCUGGAACCGACCGCUCUCGUUGGAGACUCCAGUGCACGAGAUCGAGCCAGGGGACCAGGUCUAUGUUCGAGAUUGGAGUGAAGAACCACUUAAAGAACGGUGGAAUGGACCGUACCUGGUGCUGCUAACUACCUUCACUGCUGUAAAAGUGGAAGGAAUCGACUCCUGGAUCCACUACACUAGAGUGAAGAAAGUCCCAAAGCAUUGGGAAUCAGAAGUCUUAGGACCCACGAAGCUGAGACUGAAAUGCAGAUAA